CUCAGUGCCCGAGGACCAUACUUAUAUUGGUAACUGAACGUUAACCUUGGGAUUAACUUUUUGCUGUUUCAUUUGUGUUCUUUGGUUGGAGUUGGAAGUUGGAAUGAGUGAAAGUGGGAGUGCAAGUAGUUUGGUAGCAGAGACUGUGUGGAAGGAAAUCGAGUCUACACGCACAGUGAGCGAUGACCAACUUUGGACAUUGCAUUUUAUAUUUGGGAAGAACAUGGAGGGAGCCGCAAGAAUCGUGGAUCAAAGAGGCGUUAGCAGGAUAUCUGGGAAUCCAAGUGGGAGGUUCGUCUUUCAGGUUACAGGGGAAUCCCCAAGGAAGAAAGAUCACUAUCUCUGUUUUCCUCAUCAUUUCUGCGCCUGCUAUUCUUUCUUCUACGAUGUUCUCAACAGACGCCAACAACUCUCUUGGUUGUUUCUUUCCAGGAUUUCGUCAUGCGCUAUCUUAUUCAUCAUCAAAGGUAUAUCUUCUAUAUGUCUCGGUCAGUAGUGCAAAUUGCCUUCAAACAUUACUACUGAUUUAGACUAGGUAGAUAGCACAAUACUAACUACUGUGUCUGUAGUUGAUAGAAAAAUAUUGGAAGAGUUCUGACUUAAGCAUAAAAUUUGUAUGGGAUAGGAGGAGGAAGAAAAGUAUGUAUUAGAAGCUCCUGAUCUCGAAGAGAAGAUUUGCUAUACCCGUUAAAACAAGUCAGAUGAGCAGUUUCUCUUCAUGUAUGAGUGCCUUUUCACUAGGUUAGGAGUAUGACUUCCUUUUACCGACUUUGAAAUGGAUGUUUUGUUGGCUUCUAAAGUUGCCCCAACCUAGCUUCACUCCAACUCUUGCGGUUUUAUAAAAGUGUACUAGUUGGUUAGUUGUGAGCUCGACCUUCCCAUGUUGCUUAAGAUCUUUUUCUACCUCUUUCAGUUAACAAAACUUUUUAGCUCU